CGAAGGCGUCAAAGUAUUCUGAGCAUAGGAAGUAUAAACGAUAACAUGUCUCGACCUCCACAACGACCCAUCAAGCGGCUUCUAGUCGCCAACAGAGGCGAAAUAGCAACCCGAAUAAUCUCCUCCGCCCGCGAACUUGGUAUCCAAACCUACGCAAUCUACACCUCUGGCGAUACAUCUUUUGCUGCUAGGGCCGCUCAUGCCAUCCCACUGCCCUCCGCGGCAACAUUCAUGAAUAUUCAAGCUCUCAUUGAUCUUGUCAAGAAACAUCAAAUCGAUGCCGUGCACCCCGGUUAUGGGUUUUUAUCUGAAUCUGAAGAGUUCUCGCGCAGGAUGUGGGAGGAGGCUGGGGCUGUGGUUGUCGGGCCUGGUUGGGGCAUUCUGGCGAGUACGGGGGAUAAGCUGAGGGCGAGGCUUUUGGCUGCGGAGUGUAAUGUUCCUGUAUGUCCCGCAUUGUCGACUUCUACAUCAAACCCCACAGACGUCCUGAAGUUUGCCGGAAGAGUCGGUUACCCUAUCAUAGUAAAAGCUGUCGAUGGUGGUGGUGGCCGAGGUAUACGUUUAAUCCAUAGUGAGGCUUCUCUUCCUGCGGCUGUCAAACGUGCCGUCGAGGAAAGUCCUUCCAAGCAACUUUUCGCAGAGAAAGCAGCUGUUGAUGGAUUCCGUCACGUAGAAGUCCAGAUCAUUGGAGAUGGCCGGGGUAGUGUGACACAUCUCUGGGAAAGAGAGUGUAGUAUCCAGCGACGGUACCAGAAAAUCGUGGAGUUAGCGCCUAGUUUGGUGGGAGAUCGGAAGUUGGUGGCCCGGGUUAUUGAGGAUGCGUUAAGGAUGGCGAGACACAUCCGGUACUUCUCCCUCGGGACAUUUGAGUUCCUACUAAAUCCUACAACGAAAGAAUACUAUUUCUUAGAAGUCAACCCACGCCUUCAGGUCGAACACACAAUCACAGAAUCCAUAUCUAUGACUGACAUCGUCAAAACUCAACUCCUCCUUGCCCAAGGCUCAACCCUCACAAAUUGUGGCCUCCAAGAUGACCUCCGUAGACCAGAACAUCCGCCAUCCGCCUACUCCAUCCAAUUCCGCAUCACCUCCGAAAAUGUCCAGAGCGACUGGACUCUCUCCAUUGGCAAAAUUACAUCCUUCCAAUUUCCAUCCGGGAAUGGCAUAAGAGUAGACACUCAUCUUAUCAACGGCCAUCCCUCGGUCGUUUCUGCAGAUUUCGAUAGUCUCUUGGCAAAAAUUAUCAUCACGGCAUCGUCGUGGCCGGAUGCAGUAAUGAAAGCACAGAGGGCGUUGGACGACACACAAAUCUCCGGUGUCAAAACCAAUUUGGAUAUUCUCAAGGGUAUUGUCGCACAUCACGAUUUCAUGAACGGAAAGUGUGAUACGCAGUGGCUCGAAAGCAAACAACAAGAGCUACUUAACACCGGCCUGCAGAUCUCCGCAUCACGGAGUUCAAUUGGCAUGCCCGAGCAAGAUUCUACAGGAGGGGUUUCAGCUCCCGCAAUUAUAGCCGCGAAUACAUUGUUCAGGAAAGGGGAUGCAUGGUCUAUUACGCUCGCAUCUCCAAACGACCAGAAGAGUACUUGCACUCAAGUACCACCCCACCACCUCGAACUCACCCGCGUCCUCCGCAACGAAUUCCCGACGUCCCUCUCCGCUGACAUUCUCUUCACAUCGCCGUCUACCUCCUCAUCAACACAGCCAAGAACAAUGCCCUACACUCUCACCCUCACAAGCACAACCUCCAGCGCCGCCGCAGCAACCUCACACCACCGUCGCAGCAGCCCGUCUGAUCCAUCACAUGUCAGUAUUCCGUUCCCUGGGAAGCUUGUCGAGGUGUUAGUGGAUGAGGGUGACGUUGUGAGGGAGGGUGAUGUUGUUUGUGUGGUGCAGCAGAUGAAGAUGGAGCUUGAGGUACGGACGCAUAGGAGUGGGAGGGUGACAUGGGUAAUGGGGGUAGAGGAUGGAGAGGAAGUGGGCGAGGGGACUUUAGCAGCUGUUGUGGAGGAGGGGAGGGAGGCGAGACUUUGA